AUGGAAAAUACGGCAAAACAGCCACUUGCACACUUUCUAGAAAACAGGAACUUCCCAGCGAGCAAAAAGUGCCAGAAAAAGAAAAGACAGAGCACAGCAGAAGAACAGCCAAAGGACAGCUUGAUUAUUGUAGACGGCAAAGUAGUAAUGAACGAAGGAAAUGCUGGCUCAAAAGCAGAGGUCAUAGAAGACCGAAUUACCGCAUUUUCAUACGGAAGACAGCACAGUGCCAGAAGUAGAUGGACAAAAGAAGAGACAAUUCUCUUCUACAGGGCGCUCUCUUUGUGCGGUACUGAUUUUACGUUGCUGGAGAGAGUGUUUACAGAUAAAACAAGAAAGCAAAUAAAAAACAAAUUCACAAAUGAAGAAAAAACACAGCCCGAAAGAAUCAGCCAAGUCCUCCUGCUCCCAAAGAAGUUCAAAAGAGAAGACUUGGAAGCCCUAAAAAAAGAGUACACAGAAGUAAAACAAAUAUAG